AUGUGGCAAGCAAUAAUAGCUUGCCUGGCUCUUCUGCUGACUCCAGUAGUCAGUAAGGAGUUGUCUGAUGGAAGGGACGAUUUUGAUGCACCUCAAGCUCAGGAGGCAGAUCUAAUCAACUAUGACGAUUAUAACCCUUUUGGGGAAGAUGAGAACGCGGUGAUAGCGGAGCGGGAUUUUCGGGGUUCUACAACGAAUCAACGUGGGUAUGGAAGACCGCAGCAGCAGGUUAACCGAGUUCCGCCAGUGAAAUGCCUUGACGUGGGAAGAUCAUGGUCUGAUGGAGACACCUGGAAACGAGACAACUGUACUCUUUGUCAGUGUUUUAGUGGGAGGGUUAACUGUUCAGUGUUGCCUGCUUGUCUAUCUGCUCCAAGCACUAGUCGCCCGCCAGUAUUUACUUCACCUCAACCAGCCGUUACAGUACGUGGGGUACAAGGAGUUCCAGGCGAUGAGGGCCCGCCUGGCCCUCCUGGGUCACCUGGAUUCGGUGGUACACCCGGGGCGCCAGGAAUUCCAGGACCCGUAGGACCUAUGCCAGAUGUUAACGCCUAUCUUGCCCAGUUAGCAGCGACAGCAGGAGGAGACAAAGGUCCAGCCUUCGACCCUUACCAUUACAUGCAAGCGUCUGUUGGUGCACCAGGAAUUAGAGGAAUACCAGGUCCCCAAGGUCCGCCCGGGCCGCAGGGCUUUCAAGGUCCCCGUGGAGAACCAGGUGAACCCGGAUCACCUGGACCCCUAGGGCCGCCUGGAGAACGGGGACCGAUCGGCGUACCGGGAAAGGAUGGCUUUCCUGGAGAAGAUGGUGAGCCAGGCCCACCAGGGGCUGCUGGUCAAACUGGAUCCAGAGGGUCCCCUGGUGUUCCCGGUAUUCAAGGAUUGAAGGGUCAUAGGGGAUUUGACGGGAAGGAUGGCGCAAAAGGAGACCAAGGGUUACCCGGUGAAAAGGGUCCAACGGGGUUAUCUGGACAGAUGGGGCCAGCUGGGCCAGUGGGUCCAGUUGGUCCACGAGGAGAGCGUGGCCGUGAAGGACCAUCUGGUACGCCUGGAAUAAGAGGAGUUGAUGGCGCCCCAGGAACACCUGGUUUAAUGGGAAACGUUGGUAAACCGGGUUCUCCAGGAUUUCCGGGCUCGCCUGGGUUAAAGGGAGAAAUAGGCGUGCAAGGGCCCAAAGGUAGUCAAGGUAUUCAAGGUCCUAGAGGUGAACCGGGUAGACCGGGUCAAUCCGGUGAGGCUGGACCACCAGGGCUUGCUGGUAGAGAUGGUAUUCCUGGUGAGAAGGGAAUUCAGGGACAAGCUGGAUCUGCUGGUCCUCAAGGAUUUCAGGGACCAAGAGGCACCCCUGGUGUAGCUGGUGACCCCGGAAUUCCAGGCUCAAAAGGGAUGCCAGGACAACCUGGUGAAAGAGGUCUUAAAGGAGAAAUGGGUAUAAGAGGUGAAUCUGGAACCCCUGGUCCUCGAGGUCUACCUGGUGUGGUUGGGCCUGAAGGAAAACGAGGAAAAAGAGGUUUAAGGGGACCAGCAGGUAAUACUGGGCCUCAAGGAGAAAGAGGGCUACUGGGUAUGCGAGGAUUACCUGGAGCAGAUGGCCCCAUGGGUUUAAAAGGACAACCAGGAGAGCGUGGAAAUGUUGGAUUACCUGGGCUUAAAGGUAGUGCCGGUGACGCAGGACGAGCAGGUCCACAAGGACUUCCAGGGCAGAGAGGAAUGAUGGGAAGACCUGGAAUAACUGGAAAAUCAGGAGCAUCAGGAGAAAGAGGUAUACCCGGAGCUGAUGGACGACCUGGUGAACAAGGGCCCCAGGGAUUACAAGGAGCUCCUGGCUUAAUGGGAAGUCCAGGAGAAAGAGGAUUGCAGGGUGAACCUGGCAAAGACGGUGAAGUUGGCCAGCCAGGACCACAAGGUCCAAAGGGAGAUUUCGGACGAGAUGGAAGUCCUGGUGUUCAAGGUCCUCCGGGUCUAAUAGGUCCAUCUGGUGAACGAGGGUCAGCGGGACCAACAGGCCCUACAGGCUUUCCUGGCAUGCCAGGAACUGCUGGAUUACCAGGUACUCCUGGUAAAGAAGGAGAACCUGGAGUUGCCGGCCCUCCUGGUCCUACGGGUCAAGUUGGUCCUCGUGGGGAACGAGGCUUUUCGGGUGAUCGAGGCCAGCCAGGAGCACCAGGAGUACCAGGAGAGAAAGGGGAAAGUGGAGCACAGGGUACUGAUGGGCUUCCUGGGCUUGAAGGACCUCGAGGUACCAAAGGUCAUCAAGGCCCAAUGGGUCCUAUGGGGCUUCCGGGACCUAGAGGGUUGACUGGGUUUUCAGGAGAAAAAGGAGAACGAGGAUCUCUUGGCCCACAAGGCAACGAGGGGCCUCCUGGGCGCCAAGGAGAGCAAGGGCCCCAAGGACCUGUAGGUCCUUCUGGACCACCCGGUGAACCAGCUGAACGAGGAGAACCAGGAACUCCUGGUGUUCCCGGUGAAGCGGGGGCACCAGGAUCAACGGGUGAACGAGGUCAACCAGGAAUGCAGGGUGUCCCUGGUUUGCAUGGACCUCCGGGUCUUACUGGAAUGCCGGGACUUAAGGGAGAUAGAGGUUAUGCUGGCGCAAAAGGUCAACAAGGAUCACCAGGCAGCCCAGGUAAACAAGGAGAAGCUGGAUUACGAGGACCUUCGGGCCCGAUAGGUUCAAAGGGUGCCCGAGGUGAAGUAGGCCUCAAAGGAGAAAUAGGACGAGUUGGACUUCCUGGCAGACCUGGUGAUUUAGGACCACCAGGACCUCAAGGAAGCACCGGUCCUUCUGGAAUCCCUGGUAUUCCUGGUGCUAAGGGUGCUAUUGGGGAUUCUGGUAGACCAGGUCCUCCAGGGCCUAAUGGACUGACUGGACCCCAAGGACCUGAAGGAGUGAAAGGUGAAAGAGGUAGUGAGGGAGAACCUGGAAUGCAGGGUCCAGUUGGGCCAGCGGGUGUGAGUGGAGAAAGAGGUCCAACUGGAUUACCUGGUUUGACUGGACCACCAGGACCUCAAGGAUUACGUGGAGUUCAGGGUGAAAGUGGUUCUCCGGGAAAAUCUGGAAAUGACGGCGCUCCUGGACCUGUAGGCAGUCCUGGGCCGCAAGGGUCACCUGGACCCAUGGGUGAGCCUGGGCCUGAGGGCCGUCCUGGUAAAAUGGGCCAGCCUGGUAUACCUGGGCGUAUGGGAGACAAGGGUCCAAUGGGACAAUCUGGCCAACCCGGUUCUUCUGGUGCACCUGGAUUACAGGGACCUCCUGGCCCAGGUGGCCCACCUGGUCCGAGUGGAGAAAGAGGUCCAAGAGGAGAGUCAGGACCUUCUGGAGUUGAAGGACCUCAAGGCCCUGCAGGAAAACAAGGCAUUCCUGGCCUAGACGGAGCCAAAGGUGAAAGAGGGGAAGCAGGUGCAGUCGGGGCUAAAGGCCAUGCGGGAAUACCUGGGUUACCAGGGAUUGUUGGUGCGCCAGGUAGAUCUGGCGAUAGAGGAUUACCCGGACCUAUGGGCCCUCCAGGAAAGGAUGGUGAUAUUGGAUCAAGAGGUCCCCCCGGCCGUGAUGGGAGCCCUGGUCUACAAGGAGGCCUCGGACCGUCAGGGGCUCGUGGCCCUCAAGGAGAAUCGGGAAAACACGGUAGCCCGGGUCCAGCGGGUCCACCUGGACCGCCGGGACCUCCAGGAGAAGGGCUUGCAUAUGAUGCUGCUGCUAUUGCUGCAAUGUUGCAACAAGGUUCAAUCAAAGGACCAGACCCUAUGGGUGAUGAUCCAAAUAUACCACCUCGGUUCUUCAAAGACGACAUGCCUCUUGCUGAAAGAAAAGAAAUUGUCAUGAAGGCCUAUGAACGCCUGAAAGUGUCAUUGAACAAAUUCUUGAAGCCCGAUGGUUCUAAGGAAGCCCCAGCUAAGACCUGUGGAGAUAUUAAGUACCAUCAUCCGGAGUUCACAAGCGGUCAAUAUUGGAUCGAUCCUAAUGGUGGUGAUGCAAAUGACGCCAUCCUGGUACACUGUGAUUUGACGACUGGUGCCAGUUGUGUCUUCCCAAAACCUAUGCAAUCUAAAGACAUCACCCACCAUGAAAAGAAUGAAGCCUGGCUAAGCGAGAUGGAAGACGGAUUCACUAUUUCCUACAAAGCAGACAACAGCCAACUGACUUACUUGCAACUUCUAUCGUUACACGCGGUGCAAAAUGUGACUUUACAUUGCCGGAAUACCAUAGGAUAUUAUGAUCCGGCCUCUAAGAACUACAGACAUGGUGUUAAACUCCUCGCCUACAACGACGCUGAAAUACUGCCUAAGGCAAAUAAUCGUCUACGGUAUAAGGCUUUGUUGGAUGAAUGUCAGCACAAGCAUCAAGACUGGGCGAAGACAAUAGUGCAAUAUGAAACAGAUAAACCCAAUCGCCUCCCACUAUUGGACAUCGCGGUCAGGGAUGUUGGUAGAAAUAACCAAAUGUUCAGGGUUGAGCUGGGACUAGCGUGCUUCACAUAA